CAUUGAAGUGGAAUUUACCCGUCUGCAGCAUCCCAAAGCUGUCAAAUUUACUGCUACCACUACAACAGCACUCAAAUUCAGCACUUUUUAUCCGGAACGAAGCAGGACGCACACUGACUGCCGUAUGCUGACUGAAACGUUCGCAGGCUGGCGCAGUUGGAAGUUGCGCCUGGAAUUGCCUCUGAAUCCCUCAGAAGAGCAUUCAGAACUGGUUAAAACUAACUGAAAUUAGUGAACAGUGGCUGUGGCAUUACCGUCUGCAUCACAAUGAAGGAAUUAAAGGCAAUCCUACGCUCGCUGGUCAUUUCCAACGCCGAGCGGGGCAUGAGCGAGUCUCAGCUCGAUCGAGACUUCAAAAGCCUUGAAGGACGCAACAUACCGUUCCGUGAACACGGAUUCCAAUCCCUGGAUGGUAUGCUGCGUACCAUGACCGAUGUCGUAAAGGUGAUGGGCAUCGGAACUGGGGCCACAGUGUAUCCGGUCACGUCGGAGAAAACCCAACACAUCCUCGAGAUGGUAGAAAAAAGCAAGAAGAACAAAAAGAAGAAACCGAAAUACACUGCUCCUUACGUUCGGAAAACAGCGUCGAACCCUCUGCCCAAGCCAAAACCAGUAGUUGCGGCAAAGAGCAACGGUUACGGCAAAAACAACAACUACAACUACAACAAUAACAACACCAACUACAACACUAACAACAACUACCAGCACAAGGGUACAGGACGGGCCGCGAAUGCCGGUCAGAAAAGGCCUGCAACGGCAUCGUCGUCCAACACAAAACGAGAAAAUUUAACCAUCACUAUCCCCAACGAUGUAAACGAACAGUUCAACAUGUUUUGGAAUGCGAUACAACCGGUGCUCAAUACCUCAUACGGUCAGAACACGCGGCAGCAUCAGCAGCAGCAGUCGUGGGGCAAUCAGUAUGGCUACUACCAGAACGCACAACAGUACCAGAACAAUUGCAACGGUACUCAGCAACGUCACGCCAAUAACCAAAAGCCCGGACGUAAAAGACAGAACGAGUGGAGCAACAAGCGAGCCUCAACGCCGUUCUACGGGAAUGGCAACGAUUUUACUAGCGACUGCUGGAACAGUUACUACUCGCAGUUCUAUGGGAAUGAGCAUUUCGGGGGCAACUUUUUCACUGGAGGUGGUUGUUAUCCGAGCCUGCAGAAUUACUAUUCGAGCUACGGCUACGGUAACUUCCAGACCAACAUGUACAACGAUGGCGCCUGGGAGUGUAAUUACAAUGCCUGUUACGGCUACGAUCAGUACGGAUACUUCCUCCAAGGUAUGGGAAAUAAUUACUACUAAAUUUUAGGUGCUAUGGAUUGUCGGAAAGUUGAAAUGAAAUGUUUAAAAUUUUCCUAUUAGAAAGGGAAGGGAACCUGUUGGUUAUGAAACUUGGAACAAUUUGAAUUUGAGGGCAGUUUAGGAGG